AUGGCGUCAAUUCAUCUGAAAUAUAGUAUUGGUAAUAUUCUUCUGGGUAUUACCUAUGCAUGCUUAGCUGUGGCUGGUUGGAUUGUCUUCAACGAUACAUCAUCGUUUUAUAUUCUCUUUCUUGGUCCAGCGAUACCAGCCAUACUGUUUAUUUCUGUAGGAAUUCUCUUAAUAUUAAAUCGCAAUGGACAGAUGACCGCCCUGAUUGUCCCUAUUAUUGCUAUAUCGGGUACAGCAUUCCUUGCAGGUCUUAUCAAUUUAUUCAAAGUUAGCUACGUUUUUGGCGCUUCCCAUGUUGUCAGCGUUAACCCCAAGUCGAUUCUGUUCGCUAUUAUUGUCGCCGUAUCGUUUAUUGGUCUUAGCCUAUCUUUGCUACUUAUUUUCUUUUAUCAUAAGCUGUUAAUCAUCAAUAUUCAAGAUGUCACUGAUGAUAACAAUCAAAAUUCAUCCGAUACAUCCAGCCCUAAUAUAACUCCUAACUGGUUCAAUAUCUACGCUGUGAGUUUAGUUGCCAUUCUGUCAGGUUGUUUUACUGUUAUCUUGGGAGUCGGUGGCAUGAUAUUUUUUAAGCGCCAUUAUACCCUGGCAAACUACUAUUCUGGUGCUUUGGUCAUAGUUAUGGGUGCCUUAGGAAGACUAGUCUAUACGAUACCUAAUGUCUCUUAUAUUAAAUUCUGGCAACUAAUCUAUGGCAGACUAAAUAUCUUUCUGUGCCUAUGCAGCAUUAGCAUGAUCUGCUACAGUUUCUAUUCAACUUCACAAUAUACAAGAACAGCUAUCAACUUUGUUAUGUUUCUAGGAUCGUUACUUUUAGCACUAGUUAACCUUAGUUGCGCAAGUCUAAUUUCUUUUGGCCGCGGUAAAGAAACUGGAACAUUAUUCUUUCCAUUGCAACUUAGUAGAUACCUGACAUUGAAUAGCUUAGUCAGAAUUCAUAAAGUAACUGGAGUGACUCAGGCAAUAUACGGCUGUUUAGGAAUUGCUGCUGGAUUUAUCUCAAUGCCUUUACUUUCUGCUCUCACUUCCACAUUUUUGACAUUUGUAACCGGUUGUAUUCUACUCUCGACUGGUCAAAUUGGUCUUAAUGCCAUGUAUCAACAACAAGAAGAAACGAUUUCUUGUCACAUGGUUAUGUCAGUGGUUGCAUGUUGUUGUUGCUUGUGUAACCUUCCUUUGGCUAUCUGGGAUUAUGUAGAGUACAUAAGCAAAAAUGCUGUCCUACAUUAUUCAACCGCGUUAGCAAUGCUAAUCGUAUAUUUCGCUAUAUUAGUACCUGGAUUUUUUAUAUCCUUGUAUGCGGCUAUUCGCAUCAGUCGAACAGCCAACGAAACCUCACAUGAAGAAGAGCUAACGGAAGUAACAUCGUAA